AUGGAAUCUUCAUCAACAAUUGAACAUGAAAAAUUACCUAAUCCAAAUGCUCUAUGGAUAUUACUUGAUAAAUUAGGUGAAGGUACAUAUGGACAAGUUUUUCGUGCUAAACAUUAUAAUUCUGAUGAAUAUGUAGCAGCAAAAAUAAUUCGUCUUAAAUCCGAAGAUAUUUCGAAUGAAUUCGAAAAUGAAUUAAAUAUUUUAAAGAAAAUUUCUAAACAACAAGAGAAUUUACCUGAUUUUAUUGAUCUAUUUGGUGAUUUUGAUGAAUUCAAUGUUCCACGUAUAUGGUUCGUUAUGGAACUAUGUCAUUUAGGGCCAAUUACUCAACUAUUAAAACAAAUUCAAAAAGAAAAUCAAUUAAAUAAAUGUGAAAAAGAAAAAUUAGUUGCUUAUGCAUUAAAAAGUACAUUAAAAGCAUUAAAAUAUCUUCAUCAAUCAGGUAUUAUGCAUCGUGAUAUCAAAGGUAGUCAUAUAUUAGUAACAGAAAAUUAUAUUAUAAAAUUGAUUGAUUUCGGUGUUGCUGCUUUCUUUAGUAAAGCACAGCCAAAACGUAAUUCUAGUGUUGGUACUUCACUUUGGAUGGCACCUGAAGUCAUUGCAUGUGCUCAGCAAUUGGAAUAUUCAUUUGAUGAAAGAUGUGAUAUAUGGUCUCUUGGUAUAACAGCUAUUGAAUUAGCUGAUGGCGAAGCACCAUUAAGUCAAUAUCAUUCAACAAAAGCUUUAUUUGAAGUUCCACGUCGUCCACCACCGACAUUAAAAGAUACAACACAAUGGUCAGAAAAUUUUAAUAAAUUUAUUUCAGCUUGUUUAAUUAAAGAUUAUGAAUAUCGACCACAUGCCGAACAACUAUUAACAGAACAAUUAUUUGUUAAUUUUGAUGAUCAAACAACAGAUUUAUAUCGAAAUUUAUUAAAAACUUAUCAUAUGAAAUAUUCAUCCACAGAUAUUUCAAAUAAAUCUGUUGAAAGUGAUCAAUCAACAAUAAUUAAUGAUCAUACAGAAGUUUUAAAUAUUAAUCCUUGGAUUGAAAAUAUAAGUAAAUCAGCAGAUUUAAUUGAUUGUGAAAAUAAUUUAGCACAAAUUGAUUAUCUUGAUCAAGAACGUCUUAUUAAUUCCAUACGAAAACGUUUUAAUAAAACAUUAAUUUAUACAUAUAUCGGUGAUGUUUUAUUAGCAAUUAAUCCUAAACAAUUUUUACCUAUUGAUAAUCUUCAUUUUCAAUUAAAAUAUUUAAAAAUUACAAAACGUUUAUUACCACAUAUAUUUGCAAUAGCUACAAAUGUUUAUAAUCAAAUGAUGAUUAGUCGACAACCACAAUGUAUUAUUCUUUCAGGAGAAUCUGGUUCAGGUAAAACACAUGCAGCACAAAAUCUAAUAAGUGAAUUAGCUCUACUUGGUUUUGGUGAACAACGUGCAUUAGAAAAUCGUCUUGUUACAAUGAAUUUAUUACUUGAAUCAUUUGGUAAUGCUGAAACAUCAUUAAAUAAAAAUUCAUCACGUUUUGGUAAACUUCUUGAUAUAUUUUUUUCUGAAUAUGGUACAAUUGUUUAUGUUCAAUUAUCUCAAUUUCUUCUUGAAAAAACUCGUGUUGUACUUGCAAGUGGUAAUAAAAGAAAUUUUCAUAUAUUUUAUUCAAUAUAUUUACAUUUUUCUCAACAACAAAUAAAUCCUUGUAUUUUAAUUGAUCAAGAAUCAUUUGAAUUAUUUCAAACAAUAACAUAUUAUACAUAUCUUGGAAAUAGUUCGAAUCAAAUAUUAUCAUCAUUAUCAUUAAUUGAUUUAUUUCAAAUAUUAAAAGAAUUAAAUAUUACAGAUGAUGAACAAUCAUCAAUAUUAGCUAUUCUAACUGCAAUUAUUCAUUUAGGAAAUAUUUCAUUUAAAGCUGAAACAGAAUUUAAUGAACCUGGUUGUUCAAUUGAUGAACAAACAAAAUUACAUUCAAAUGCUGUUUAUCGUUUAUUAAAAAUUGAUAAUGAUCAAUUUAUUCAAUCAUUAUGUCAAUCAAGUUUAAUGACACGUGGUGAAACAGUUACAAAAUUAAAUACUAUUGCUGAAGCACAACAAACACGUGAUGCUAUGGCAAAAUCUCUUUAUUCACGUUUAUUUGAUUGGAUUGUAUAUGCAUUAAAUCGUUAUUUUCGUACGGAACUUGAAUAUCAACCAAAAUCAAUAAUUGAUAUUCGUAAACAACAUGAAAAAGAUGUAUUAAAUAAUAAAUUAUCUGUUCAAUUUAAAAUAAAUGACGAAUUAAAUACAAAAAAACGAAAUGAUAAUUUACAUUCAAUAUCAAUACUUGAUUUAUUUGGUUUUGAAACAUUUGAUUAUAAUUCUUAUGAACAAUUAUGUAUUAAUAUUGCUAAUGAACAAUUACAAUAUUUUUUUCGACAACAUACAUUUGCAUGGGAAAUGAAAGAAUAUGAAAAUGAAGAAAUACAAAAUACAACAUAUUCUGAUAAUUUUGAUUUUCCAAAUAAUCGAUCUAUUCUCGAUAUGUGUUUAUCAAAACCAAUUGGUUUAUUAGCUUUACUUGAUGAAGAAUCUCGUUUUCCUCAAUCAACAGAAUUUACUCUCAUUAAUAAAUGGCGUGAAAAUUUAAAUUCUUCAAAUUUUACAACAAAUACACCAACAUCUUCAUUAUCACGUAAAACAAUCAAAAAUCAAAAACAAAUUUCAUUAGAUCUUGAACCAUUAUUUACAAUAACACAUUAUGCGGGUAAAAUUAAAUAUACAGCAAAAGAUUUUCUUGAAAAAAAUCGUGAUUAUGUUCCAAUUGAAAUAAUUGAUUUACUUUUACAAAGUGAUGAUCAUCUUGUUAAUUUACUUUUUCGUAGUCGUCUUCGUAAAACUGGUAGUGUUAUUUAUACUGAACAAGAAAAAAAAUCAACUUUAUCUCGUUCAAUAUCUCAUAAAACAACAGUUAGUCGUACACAAGGUACAGUAUCAACAUAUUUUCGUUAUUCAUUAAUGGAAUUAGUUAGUACAAUGGCAUCAACACAGCCAACGUUUAUACGAUGUCUUGUACCAAAUCGUUUACCAUUUCAAACAUCACAUGUAACAUAUGAUCAUACAAGUUAUUUUCCACAAAAUUUUCAUUUUGAUACAAAUCAAUUUGAUGAAAAUGUUGUACUUGAACAAAUAAGAUAUAGUGGUUUAAUUGAAACAAUUGAAAUACGUCGACAUGGUUAUUCACAUCGAAUAUUAUUUGAAGAUUUUAUAUCAAUGUAUUCAUGUCUUAUUAAUUUAAAUUUAACAAUAAUAAAUAAUAAUGAUUAUAAACAAAUAUGUGAAUUAAUAUUAAAAAAAUUUCAUAUGAAUAAUUAUGCUAUUGGUAAAACAAAAGUUUUUUUAAAAUUUCAUCAUAUUGAACAAUUAAAUAUUGAACAUAAAAAUUUUUUAACAAAAAUUAUUCAUUUACAAUCAUAUAUAAGAAUGUAUUUAGUUAGGAAACAAAAUCAAAUUCUUAAAAUAAAUAAUAAUAAAACAAAUUAUGAAAAAUCUAUUGUACGUCUUCAAACGAUGGUACGUAGUUUUCUAGCUCGACGUACAGAAAAAAAAGUAUCAUUAGCCGUUAUUACUAUUCAAGCUUAUUGGAGAAUGUGGAAAGAACGAACUCGUUACAAAGAUCACCUUCUUAAUUAUCAUAAUCAACAAAUUCAAAUAUCGUAUUUUAUUAAACAAAUUGAAUUAUAUAGUAAUAAUUUAUAUCAACGAUUAAUAGAAUUAAAAAAUUCAAAUAAAUUUACAAAAAAAUUUUCUAUAGAUGAAGAUAAAAAUUCUUCUAAAAAUCAAUCUAUAUUAAAUACAAUGAGACAAUCAAAAUCACAAGAUAAAUUUUCUAUAAAUAGUAAACAAAAAUCCGUUAUUUUAUCUGGAUAUUAUGAUACAAUUUAUAAAGAAUAUUUAACUAAAAAAAAUAUAAAAAAUACAAAAAAUACUGAAGAAAAGAAAAAAGAUAUAACUAAUGAUACAAGUAUACAACGACCGUCAACAGCUCCGCCUGUAACUGAUAUUCCACAAGCUCCACCUUGUCCACCACCAGAGUUUUUUCAACAACCUGAUUCAAAAGUUAGUAUAGUCAUGCGACAAAAAUCAGCACCAGCUACAGUAAGAACUCCAGUUGAAGAAUUAAAACAAAUAUUUGCUAGACAAAAAUCAAAAGAAACAAAAUCAGUAUUAUCUAUCAUACCAUAUCGUUCUAUGUCUCCACUAUCAAUUACAAAAGAUCAUUCAUCGUCAUCAACAUUUCUUGCUCUUAAUCAUUCAAAUCCUAUAGUAACACAAGAUGAUUAUAUACCAAGACAUCGUCUUUCUUCAUCAUCAAAUAUAGUCAAAAGUAAAUCAACUGGUUUAGUAACUUGUAGUACAUCAAAUCUUGUUGGUCAUAUGGCAUUAACAUCCGAAAAUGUUCUUAAACUUAAAGAAAAUUUACGUAAAACUGGUUUCGUAAAAGGAAAUCAAACAUUAAGACGAAAAUUACCAACAGAAACAAUACAAAUUGAUUUUCGUAGUAUACUUCGUUCAUCAAAGAAUAAUUUAAAUAAAACAAUUAAUAAAUCAUAA